UUCCAUUGCCUGGAACGCUCAUGCCUGAGGGUGGGGGGCAGCCCCUGGGUCUAGCCAAACAUCCUGGUGGUCUCCUGCAGGUUUUCACUCCUGCAGCGGCCGCGGUGGGGGUUGGGGCAGCAAAGAGCGCAGGCGCAGUGCCCGCGUCUGGCGCCCCUCUCUUUUCUGGUGGCCCCUGGCAGUCCAGGCUGCAGUGGUCCCCGCCAAGCGUGCGGUGACCUCAGCUGCUAGGGAGGCCAGAACCGGAGCGCCGCUCCACCUGAGUCCGCGAGAGCCCUGAGCACAUCCGCCUUGCAGCGACUUCCAGGGUGGACAUUCCAGUGGGCUCCACAUGUCUGGAGAUCACCUUUUAGGAUGGAAGAAGAGAAUCACUGAGAAGGAAAAGGAAACUGUUCAAAGAAAGGGAAGAAGGCAGACUGAGUGAGAAAGAAUAACACUGUAAAAGAAUUUGUUAUCUGAAGAAAUGGAUACUUCUCCAUCCCAAAAAUAUCCAGUUAAAAAACGGGUGAAAAUACAUCCCAACACAGUCAUGGUGAAAUACACCUCUCAUUAUCCCCAACCUGCGGACAACGGGUAUGAAGAAAUCAAUGAAGACUAUGGCAGAUUUAUGGAAGAAAAUCCCAAGAAGAGCCUGCUGAGUGAAAUGAAGAGGAAAGGAAGAACUUUGUUUGGAACCAUGGACACUCAGCCUCCACUAGCAGAAGACUUAAGAGCCAGUGGGAUGGCACAAUUCCAGAGUUUUGCAGAAAAAAACAUUUUUCAGUCCCGAAAAAUGUGGAUAGUGCUAUUUGGGUCUGCCUUGGCUCAUGGAUGCGUGGCUCUUAUCACUAGGCUUGUUUCUGAUCGUUCUAAAGUUCCAUCUUUAGAACUGAUCUUUAUCCGUUCUGUCUUGCAGGUCUUAUCGGUGUUAGUUGUGUGCUAUUACCAGGAAGCUCCUUUUGGACCCAGUGGAUACAGAUUACGACUUUUCUUUUAUGGUAUAUGCAAUGUUAUUUCUAUCACCUGUGCUUAUACCUCCUUUUCAAUAGUUCCUCCCAGCAAUGGGACUACAAUGUGGAGAGCCACAACCACAGUUUUCAGUGCCAUUUUAGCAUUUUUACUUGUAGAUGAGAAAAUGGCUUAUGUUGACAUGGCUACCGUGGUUUGCAGUAUCUUAGGUGUUUGUCUUGUCAUGAUUCCUAACAUUGUUGAUGAAGACAAUUCGUUAUUAAAUGCCUGGAAAGAAGCCUUCGGGUACACUAUGACUGUGAUGGCCGGACUGACCACUGCUCUUUCUAUGAUAGUGUACAGGUCCAUCAGGGAGAAGAUCAGCAUGUGGACCGCACUGUUUACCUUUGGUUGGACUGGAACAAUCUGGGGAGUUUCUACUAUGUUUGUCCUUCAAGAACCUAUCAUCCCUUUAGAUGGAGAAACGUGGAGCUAUCUCAUUGCUAUAUGCAUCUGUUCUACUGCAGCGUUCUUAGGAGUUUAUUAUGCCUUAGACAAAUUCCACCCGGCUUUGGUCAGCACAGUACAGCAUCUGGAGAUUGUGGUAGCUAUGAUCUUACAGCUUUUAGUGUUACACAUAUUUCCUAGUGUUUAUGAUGUUUUUGGAGGUGUGAUCAUUAUGAUUAGUGUAUUCGUCCUUGCUGGCUAUAAACUGUACUGGAGGAAUGUAAGGAGGGAAGAUUAUCAGGAAAUACUGGACUCUCCCAUUAAAUGAAUACCUGGUUAGUAUUAUCUUCUUAAUGUCUAGUUAUUAACAUGUACAUUGCCAUUUUAAUAUUUACCUGUAGAUGUCUUUGUGUUAUAUAAUUGAUAGAGUGCUAUAUAGUAUAAAUAAUUAUACAGAUGAAGAAAAAUAUUUCAGACUAAUAUAUUAAAGCAUAUAUAUUAAAUUGA